AUCACCAGCACCACGAAUUAUUUACUUUUUGUGUCCACUAUUGACAGGGAGCUGAUUCUCCUUGUGAAUACAUAGCUACACAGGCACCACUGUACUCUACUCUCUCUGACUUCUGGCGAAUGGUCUACGAGCACAGGACAAGGGUCAUCGUCAUGCUAUGUGACAGUGUAGAAAAUGGAAAGAAAAUGGUUGACCCGUACUGGCCUGACGAAAUCAACGUACCAGUGCGACAUGGGGAGCUGACUGUCACAAUGACCGGUGUCUCUGUCCUUGAAACAUAUGCAGUGCGCAAGAUAAUCGUGACAAUGAGAGGACGACAAGACCUCAGAGUUACUCAGUUGUGCAUCCGUGGGUCGAGCGAGUAUUGGAGCCUUCGUGUUGAGCAGCUCAUUGACUUCAUUCGUGUUGCUGGUCGGCAGGCAAAACAUUCCAGAGGACCGGUCACAGUCCACUGCAAUCUCGGCGUUGGCAGGACUGGCAUGUUCAUUGCCCUCGAUCUUUUGACUCGUUUUGUGGAGAAACACAACCUGAACAGUGAGGUGAACGUGUAUGAUGUUGUCAAGAGAAUGAUGGGAUGUCGUCCGAACAUAAUUCAGUCUCUGGACCAGUAUAUGUUCAUACAUUAUGUACUCGGGUUGAUCAUCGAGGAGAAGAUGCAGAACUGUUCUAGAAGAAUCCCAUCGGGUGUUUUCUAUCAGAACGAAGGGCACACAGUCAAUGUGUAUAAUGAACUCUACGAAUCCAUUGGACACGAGAACAUCGAUCUACAGCGCUACUGACGAGAAUCAGAUGAAUUGACAUCAUUGCUCAACUGACGCUAUUCUCUAACGACGACUGCAAGAUGAGAGUAGCUCUGAGGACAAUCAAAAUAAAAUACACACUAUAAAUUGUUUUCCACAUGUAGGCUGACCUUGACAGUUGUAAAUCACGUUCUUGAACGUUUAUUUAUUUUGAAUUUUUUCUGUCAGUCAACAGUCAAUGCUAUUCUUAUUUUUCCUCCAAAAUGAAAUUCUUAUAUAUGUGUGUGUGAAAGGAUUCUUUGGACUAAAAGGCUUAAGCAAAGCUUAUCCCUGCAAAAGCAGAGGCCGCAUACUGCCAUGCAUAGUCCUGUAUUAACUCCAGCGAAAACUUAGCUCCGUCGCUUGAAAAGCAGGUUUCAUAUGAAAAGUACUAUGGUAACUCACAAAAACAUUCUAGCAGCCCUCCUCCCUGAAACAGCUCAUUUCUUCUUCGGCUGUUAUCUAACAAAAUGAUCCGACAAGACACAUCAGUGUCAAUAAAUGUCAAAUCUCUAUACACACUGUUUCUUUGUCUGAAGUGGCAACGAAUGUUCAGGAAGUUUGUAAAUAAAUGAUGCCACUUGGACCAGGGGGGGGGGUGGUAUUAUUUCGUGCUCCAGCAACAUGUCUGUCCUAAGGCAACGGUCAUCAUUGGUACCUUAAUUAUGUCUACAGUUUCUACAGACAAAUCCCCCCCAAAGAAACAGAAAAGGGCCACCUGUUUCUCCAAGAGUUAAAUACCUGCUAUUUAUUCAAGGACGAAUGAAAAAUGUGUAUUGAAUAAGGAAAUAUAACGUUUUACAGUACUUUUAAAAUGUAAUAAGGAUUAAUACAGUGCUUUACAACUAAAAUAUUAAUAAGUAUGCAUAAAAUUUGAGCAGAGUAUAUACAGGUAGCAAUUAAUCAACCAUGUUAACAGGGAAAACCCUAUUUGAUUGAAAUCAAUUAAAUUCCAUUGUCUUUGCUUUACAUCAUGAACGUUUUCCUAAAAAAUCUAAAUUUUAUAAUAAAAAUUAGUGAUAAAUUUAAUUAAAUGAUAUCUACAUAUAUCAGAAUCUUCUGUUGUCUGGGUCAGAGUGAUGACAGUCGCGUUCACAAGGAGGUUGCUGAUUUCCAUGUAUCCGUUUUUAUGUACAGAUUGUUGUCUGCUCGAUCAUUAUUUAGUACACACAUCAUUUCCCACAUGCCUCUACACCCACAUGGCAUGUCUUCUCCCUUUAUUUGUAUGCUGCAUUAAAAUGAAUGCCUUCCAUAGGAUAAAAAAACAAAUUGUCGACCAACUUAAAGGUGGGGGAGGGGGAACAAAAGAAAACGAAGAAUAAAGCAAAUGUUUGCAUGGUUUACUUAGAUUAUAUAUUUUUCACAAAAACUGAAAUUUAUCAGAUAUUGAAUAUAUUUUCAAAUAUUAUGCUCUUUGUUCACGCUUACUUCUACCCUACUCCCACUGACAGUGGCACUAUUGUGUAAUUGAUACACUUCAGUCUAAUGAAACAAAGUGCCUUUUUUUUCAUAAGUGCUUGAAAAAGAAGCAAGAAAACUGAUAACAGACACGAAAGCAAUGUCUGGCUACAUAACAUUCAUCUCAUGCAGGCAGUCUAUACACACCAAUUCUGCAUGUUAUGUUGCGUGCGUCCAUGUAUUUCUCUUUGCGUUUGUUUUGUAAAGCGCUAUG